GGGCAGGGGGCCUGGACCCCAUGGCUUCCCAGGCCAGCCCUUUGAGCACCACCUGCCCCAGCCGGCCAGAGACUUCCUGUAUGUAGCGCAAGAGAUUUAUGCAAACGGGUUGGGGCGGUGAUGUCACCCCAAGGGGACUAUCUCCCAGCGGCAGGCCCUUCGAUAAAAUCAGGAACUUGUGCUGGCCCUGCAAUGUCAAGGGAGGGGGCUCACCCAGGGCUCCUGUAGCUCAGGGGGCAGGCCUGAGCCCUGCACCCGCCCCACGACCGUCCAGCCCCUGACGGGGCACCCCAUCCUGAGGGGCUCUGCAUUGGCCCCCACCGAGGCAGGGGAUCUGACCGACUCGGAGCCCGGCUGGAUGUUACAGGCGUGCAAAAUGGAAGGGUUUCCCCUCGUCCCCCCUCAGCCAUCAGAAGACCUGGUGCCCUAUGACACGGAUCUAUACCAACGCCAAACGCACGAGUAUUACCCCUAUCUCAGCAGUGAUGGGGAGAGCCACAGCGACCAUUACUGGGACUUCCACCCCCACCACGUGCACAGCGAGUUCGAGAGCUUCGCCGAGAACAACUUCACGGAGCUCCAGAGCGUGCAGCCCCCGCAGCUGCAGCAGCUCUACCGCCACAUGGAGCUGGAGCAGAUGCACGUCCUCGAUACCCCCAUGGUGCCACCCCAUCCCAGUCUUGGCCACCAGGUCUCCUACCUGCCCCGGAUGUGCCUCCAGUACCCAUCCCUGUCCCCAGCCCAGCCCAGCUCAGAUGAGGAGGAGGGCGAGCGGCAGAGCCCCCCACUGGAGGUGUCUGACGGCGAGGCGGAUGGCCUGGAGCCCGGGCCUGGGCUCCUGCCUGGGGAGACAGGCAGCAAGAAGAAGAUCCGCCUGUACCAGUUCCUGUUGGACCUGCUCCGCAGCGGCGACAUGAAGGACAGCAUCUGGUGGGUGGACAAGGACAAGGGCACCUUCCAGUUCUCGUCCAAGCACAAGGAGGCGCUGGCGCACCGCUGGGGCAUCCAGAAGGGCAACCGCAAGAAGAUGACCUACCAGAAGAUGGCGCGCGCGCUGCGCAACUACGGCAAGACGGGCGAGGUCAAGAAGGUGAAGAAGAAGCUCACCUACCAGUUCAGCGGCGAAGUGCUGGGCCGCGGGGGCCUGGCCGAGCGGCGCCACCCGCCCCACUGAGCCCGCAGCCCCCGCCGGGCCCCGCCAGGCCUCCCCGCUGGCCAUAGCAUUAAGCCCUCGCCCGGCCCGGACACAGGGAGGACGCUCCCGGGGCCCAGAGGCAGGACUGUGGCGGGCCGGGCCUCGCCUCACCCGCCCCCCCCCCCCCCCACUCCAGGCCCCCUCCACAUCCCGCUUCGCCUUCCUCCAGGACUCCACCCCGGCUCCCGGACGCCAGCUGGGCGUCAGACCCCACCGGGGCAACCUUGCAGAGGACGACCCGGGGUACUGCCUUGGGAGUCUCAAGUCCGUAUGUAAAUCAGAUCUCCCCUCCCACCCCUCCCACCCAUUAACCUCCUCCCAAAAAACAAGUAAAGUUAUUCUCAAUCCA